UUGUAUAUAUCUUAACAGUUUUCUUCGUCAAAUUCCGACUUCGUACUUGCAUUCACCACCGCUAUUUGAUUUUGACCACUUGGAAGUGGUAAGAACUACUCUAUGUGUGUGUGAAGAAACAAGAAAUGAAAUCCACUUUUCUUUGCUCAAUUACAUGAUAUUGUUUAUAUUAAAGGAGAAACAAAAUGGAUAUGUCUUUUGUUUAUGGGAAAUACCCCAAUUCUACCUUUGGGAAGCCCAUUGCCUCUCCAAGUUCACUCUUUACAGCUCAGUUUCUAGCAGUGCCUCAAAAUAGUGGAAUCUGUAUUACUAAUAUCAAGUUCUCGCCUCGUAUAAUUGUGUCUAGAGCAGCAUCGGAUUCAAAGGACUUCAAUGUGGAUAUUGAACUAGGUAAUGAUACAUCUGUGAGUACAAGUAAUGGUAGUGGUGGUGGCAUUCUGAAUGGGAAGGCAGCCAAAGGGUCAGGGACCACCGCCAGAGAACGCCGGUUAUUGAGGGUUCGAGAGGAGAAGAGGAAGCGUGAAUAUGACCAUCUUCGUAACUAUCCUGCUUGGGCAAAGGUGUUGGAAGAUGCUUGUAAAAAUGAUUUGGAGCUUCGAGCUGUUCUGGGAGAUAGUGUUGGUAACCCAGAACUUAUGAGAGAGAGGGUUGAAGAAAGAGUUCGACAGAAAGGGCAAAAUUUUCAGAAGUCCAAAGCAGGAUCAGUCCUUGCCUUCAAAGUCAGCUUUAGAGAUUUUAAUCCUUUAGAUUCCUACAUAUGGUUUGAGUUAUAUGGAUCACCGUCGGACAGAGAUGUAGACCUUCUUGGCAGUGUUAUUCAGUCAUGGUACGUGAUGGGUCGCUUAGGCGCAUUCAAUUCAUCCAAUCUACAGAUGGCAAGUUCAUCGAUGGAAUACAAUCCUUUGUACGACGCAGAUAAGGGUUUUAAGGUGAUGCCUUCGUCGUUCCAUGAUAUAAGUAAUGUUGAAUUCCAGGACAAUUGGGGCAGGAUUUGGGUAGACCUGGGAACGGCUGAUUUCUUUUCAAUUGACGUUCUCCUCAAUUGCUUGACUGUAUUAAGCUCAGAGUAUUUGGGCAUUCAACAGGUAGUUUUUGGCGGGCGCCGAAUGGGAGAUUGGGAAGAGGGGAUGACUAGUCCUGAAUAUGGAUACAAAUACUUCAAAAUCUGAAAGUCUUUUACGCAAAGAAUUAAGAAACAGUUUUCCGCUGAAUUUGGGGUCGGCACAAGAAAUGCUCUACCAUGGUGGUGCUAGAAAAUCUGUUCGUUAGUAUUUCUUUUAGGAAUUAUGUUCUUCGUAUUUUUAUUAUUUCUUAAAAUAUCACCGAUGCUUAAGAUGAGAUGAGCAUUGAAGAUCCUGUGUUUGUGUGUGUAAUCAACAAAUUGAAAAUAAAAUCCAUUUUCUCCACAA